AUGGUGCGCACCUCGAGGCUCUUCAGGCCGCGCAGGCCCUCGAACGCGUUGCCCGGGAGACGGAGCAGCUUGCAGUUGCGCACGACCAGCUCGGCCAAGCCGCGCAUCCUGCCGAAGUGGUGGGCCCUCAGCGUGCUCUCGGCGAGCUCGGGCCCGCAGUGCACCGCGAGCCUCCGCGCGCCCUCCGAGUGCGUCGGACCGGGGACGUCGCCGUCCGACAGCGUGCGUACAUUGCACUCCACCGCUGCGGCCCCAUCGGCCGCGCGCGAACAGCCCGGCGCUUCCGUCACCACCGCGCCCGUCACCAGGCAGAACAGCAGCGCCGCAACUAUCAUUCUAAUCCGCACCUUUGGCAUGUCAUUUCGCCUGUCAACUUAUCUCGUUGCAGGGCAGUGUUCGCGGGACGCGCACAACCAUAUUAGCUUUACGGUACACUACGCGAUCGUU